UGCCUUUCCGUGCUGUUGGAUAUCCUGUUUAUACUAGUUCGACAUAGACGGAAGAUAAGGGGAUUUGACUCAAAACAAGGGGGUUGGAUUCACGUAUAAACUGUGAUCAUUUAUUCGUCUUUGUAAGAGCACCUGAAUGCACCGUGAGCUCCCUACUGGUCAGUCCGCUCCUGUGUUGUAAACAGACGGUGUCCGGAGACUGAGCUCAACUCCGGGUGGAUCCGACCAGAACCUGCACUGACUCAACAGGGCGCGAUGCACUGAGUGAACAACAUCAGACUUUGGGUUCAAAAAGGAGGGCCCACAACCACUGUAUUUUCUCAAGAGGCAGACAACAAGGUCCUCUCCUGUCUCCACAAUGGCCGCCCUUGAGGAUGGUGACAUGAACACCUUCGGCCCGGAGCUGCCUGCCAUGUUUGACGGCAUGAAGUUGGCAGCGGUGGCGACUGUCCUCUACGUCAUUGUACGCUGUCUGAACCUGAAGAGUACCACAGCAUCACCAGAGACCAUCUACCAGGAUACACCGCUCAGCCGGUACCUGUUCAAAACCUGCCCGAUGCUGACCAAAGAAUGACAUUACCAUGGUAAUCUGUCCUGGGAUCGGUAACCAUAGCGAAAAGAACUACAUUCGGACCUUUGUGGAUCACUCCCAGCGGCAGGGUUACCGCUGUGCUGUCCUCAACCACCUGGGAGCCCUGCCCAACAUGGAGCUCACCUCUCCACGCAUGUUCACCUACGGUUGUACUUGGGAGUAUGCAGCCAUGGUGGCCUACAUCAAACAAGCUUUCCCCCAGACGCUGCUGGUGGUUGUGGGAUUCAGUCUUGGGGGAAACAUUGUCUGUAAGUUCCUGGGUGAGCACACAUCGAACCAGGACCGAGUGCUCUGCUGUGUCAGCGUCUGUCAGGGUUACUGCGCCCUCAGGGCCCAGGAAACAUUCCUCCAGUGGGAUCAGUGCCGGAGGCUUUACAACUUUGUGUUGGCGGACAAAAUGAAGAAGCUCAUCCUGUCACACAGGAGCAGUUUGCUCAGCAUGAAAUCCAGUAACAUUGGGGAUGCAGACCUGAACAAACUGUACUCAGCCACAUCUCUGAUGCAGAUUGAUGACAGCAUCAUGAGGAAAUUUCACGACUACAGCUCCUUGAAAGAGUACUACGAGAAGGAGAGCUGUGUGCACUACAUCCACAACGUCACUGUGCCUCUGCUCCUGGUAAACUCCUCAGAUGAUCCUCUAAUUCAUCAGUCACUACUGGCUAUUCCACGCACACUCGCAGAAAAGAUGCCCAAUGUCAUAUUUGCCCUGACCCAACACGGAGGCCACCUGGGUUUCUUUGAGGGAGCCGUUCUGUUCCCUCAGCCCCUCACCUGGAUGGACAAGGUCAUAGUCGAGUACACAAACGCCAUCUGCCACUGGGAGAAGGACUGGCCGGCCUGCCAGAGGAGCAGCCAACAGCACAUGAACUCCUACCUGCAGGGCACAGGGGUAACACUUAAUGGGUAAUAUAGAGAGUUAUCUGGAGACAAAACAAUAGACCAAACAAAAAACGCACAUCCCUAGCUUUCUGUACUAAUGGCCCUACAGUUUCAUAAGUAAUUCUGGAAAAUAUAGGAAAUCAGGAUCAGAAAGGUGAGGCUGAGUGGAAGUACACCAAGUUGUAAACUGAAACUCACAGAAGAUAAUUAUACUGGAAAAUGUAAUAUGACCCCAUGGUGAAUUUGUACUUCCUCUUGUUCUCAGUUAACCUCCAGUAUAACACGUGUUCACCCUCUGCUGGUUUUUGGCAGCUGCUGCUUCUUAAGUCUGGACUGAUACAGCAGGGUGACCUUUGACCUGCAUGUCGAAAGAAAGAAAAGUGUAUUUUUCUACAUGAAUUACUACCGAAAACUUUUCUAGAUACUCAAAUAUUAACAAUCCUGUUUACAUACAAAUUAGACUUUUAGUAUAAAUUAAGAAGUGUGAAGGACACAUUGUCUAAAGCCUUGAAACCUUAACCAUAAUAAACUUUAAAAUAUACCUGGGGACCCACAUCAGUUAUAUUUUGAAGCACAUAGAAUUGAACUUAAAGUUCACAAGCAGAUUUAAGCACCUUAAUAUUAAUGUGAAUCUGCGAUAGAUUUGGUUUCUGGCAUCUCCAGAACCAUUAAGCUACCUCUGUAAGACUUAUGGUUUACAGUGAUGAUUUCAGCUGUUGUUAAGGCUCAACAUAACGUCUGUCCUGUUCAGUCAAACUGUGUCUAAUUUCUUUAAUAUGAUACAAUAGGAUCUUGUUUGUUUCUAUUAAGAGACUUUUGCUGUUUUAUUGCAAAAUAUGUUCAAUAACAGCAGUUUGGUUUAUAUAUGUAUUGAGGCAUCAUUUUGCUCAUUGUGACACCGAUCUCCAGUUUUACACUUUGCAUUUCCAUUGUGUGCGGUGGACCAUCAGCCUGCAUUGUUGCUGCUGACCUUUAAAAUAAAUAUCAGGGUGUUGGGUUUUUAAAAGGGUUUAAGGGUUAAAAAAAACACAGACAAGUGGUUAUCUUUGAUUUAGUGAUUUUCUGCCAGUGCUUUAUGUGUUGUUGAAUGGAUAUAUGGACAGUUCAUACAAACUAGCCUUAACAUUGUACGCCACGCAUUGUCCUUUUCCAGGUCAGCUUGUCCUUUGCGAUUGUAUGAAUUGUACCUUUUAAAACCAGCAUGGAACAGCUGUUAGAUGCAUCCUGCCAUAGCAUGAGGAUGGUCAGGCGGUUUCAUUUUUAUUACUGCUGCUCUGAUUAUUACCACAGAAAUUUUACAAUUCAGGACACAAGAUACAGAAAAACAUAUCUGACUGAGGGGCUGUUCGGGACAGAGCUGCGCCAAACUGUGUUUACAAACACUUUCAGCAGAAAGGAGAGAGAAAUGUGCAAAUGGACCCAACAGUGUAUUAAAUAAGAAAUCCAAUUAUGCACACAGUUUAUGCACUUACCAAACAAAUGGACCAAAUCUUAUUUUACUUUUCAAUAAAAUAAAAUUGAAAAGUAGCUCAACUUUGUACUUUUUAAUGAUUCUGCUGCAUUCUCGCCAUGUGACCUAAAAAUGCACAUGGCUCAAAUACAGUGAACAUCUCAUAUUAGACAUUACUUUGGACUAAUUAAGUCACCAUCGUUUUCGGGGGUUUGCUUUAAGCUGCUUAUUGGUACAUACAGAACGGGUGGAGUUUGCCACACGUAAUAAAUAAAUACAGUGCACAGAGGAGUAAAGACAGUGACAUUUUUUUUGUUACAUUAAAACGCAGAAAACAUUAAAACUAUCACACAAACCUUGCCUCUGUUGUGUCUCAUCUCAUGAUACAGCAUAUUUCCAUGAGGAAUGUACUGAUGAAGGUCUCAAACAUUGACUAAAUAAGAGGUAAAGUUUAUGUGAAGCAGUUGUUUUUGUUUUCUGUGGUUUAUUCUGGGCCUUUUUUCAUGACUAUUUUGAGAAGUGCCUAUGGUGGGAAUGUUUGAUAUUAAACAGCGUUCCCUGACCAUGCUUAUUACAUUAACAUUUUAAUCAUUAGAUUUAAUGCAACUUUAAUUCUAUAUCUGCCCUUUGAAAGCCGAAUACAAUUUUCAACAGCGCCAUUGCUGUCUGUCUGUGCAAUAUGUCCUGACUGUUUGAGGUAUGGAAUGCUUUGCCUGCACUUUACUGUCUUUACAGUUCCUUUUGUUCUGUAUGGCACUGUGGUAUGUACUGUAUCAGCUUAUGGGUGUAACAUUUAUAAUCUAAAGAAAUGUGUUUUUUUCUGAUGUGGUGCACAGCCAUGACUGAUUAGUCAUAUUUUAACUCACCGAUUAAUAAAUAUUUUUCACAUA